AUGGAUCGCCUGGUUGAAGCCACUUUGCCAUUCGGAAUGGUGCCACCAGUAGUCAUGGAAUUUCCUGGGAUUACUGCUGGUGGAGGAUAUGCUGGCACAGCUGGGGAAAGCAGCUCGUUUAAAUAUGGAUUUUUCGACCGCACAACAAAUUCUGUCGAGAUGGUCCUAGCAAAUGGAGAUGUCACAACGGCAUCAGAGACACAAAACUCAGAUCUGUUCCGUGGCGCGGCCGGUGCUGUUGGGACUCUUGGAAUUACCACCCUUUUGGAGCUCCAACUAAUCCCUGCGAAAAUGUACGUCAAAGCGACGUAUCAUCCUAAACGAUGCGUUGCGGACACAAUCAGGCUCGUGAAAGAGGAAACAAAUAAUCCCACUAACGAUUAUGUGGAUGGCAUUCUAUUCUCCAAGGAUCAUGGCGUGGUUGUCACCGGUACAAUGACGGAUGAAAAGCCGUCAGAAACCCAAGUUCAGACCUUCAGCCGCUCAAGAGAUCCGUGGUAUUAUCUACAUGUGAAGGACAAAACUCAGGAUGUGACUUCUCCAGUAACUGAAUACAUCCCGCUGGCCGAAUAUCUUUUCCGGUAUGACCGCGGUGGGUUCUGGGUUGGCGCCUCCUCAUUUGAUUAUUUCAAAUUCCCCUUCAACAAGUUCACUCGCUGGUUCCUUGAUGACUUCCUAAAUACACAGGACCAAAUUGAAGGAUCAUCUCCCGAGAAAAUGAUAAAUAUUGGCCUUUGGGGCUUUGGGCCCGCCGAUUAUGACGAGUUCAUCUCCAAAAACAGAGAACUAGAGCAUCAACUUCUUCAUAAAUUCAAAGGGAUGAAAUGGCUUUAUGCCCACAGCUACUACACGGAAGAUGAAUUUUGGCAACAGUUUGAUAAGGAAUGGUAUGAUGAUUUGAGAAAGAAAUAUCAUGCCCAGUCACUGCCGAAUGUAUAUGACAAGGUUGCAGUUGAUGUCGAAGCCGGAAGGAAAGAAAUCAGGGAAUCCUGGAGCCACUGGGUGAAAUCCAAGCGCCCUCUGGGUGGAUUGUGGGGCAUAUACAAGGCUAUUAAGAGUCGCGAGUAUAUGAUUGCGCGUACCUCUGCGUGGAAAAAGUGUGAAAAUGUAAAAAUAAAUAAUACCCUCGAAGGGAGAUUCAAACACCGACGGAUCCAAUACUUCUCGAAAGUCAACGCGCACUUGCAAAAUGGACAGAGGAACAAAGGCCCCCUAAUCGGGAGACGCCGAAGCCAAAAACACACCAUACAUGAGCAAUUCAACACCUUCCAAGAAUUGUUGAUCAGAGAUGCCUUUUCAUUGCGUCCGCAAAGUAACAAGGUGGAUGUGCCGAACGCUGAUAUCAUCCCCCCAUCCAACCUCUGA